AUGCAACAGACGUCACGUAGGUCGUUGCCGUCCAGUAUGAUACCGGCGCCUGCCCACCCAGGCCGCCGUACCUCGUGGCGAUUAAGCUCUCGCAGCGCUGCCAGCAAUGAGAGCACCAGCUCCAUCAGCGCCGGGGCCGCUCCGGUCAGCAAUUCUAGCUCUUUCACACUCACGAAUAGCUCCAUCGAUAGUUGCGACCCUGCGAGAGUUACGGAACCAGAGACGACGCCCUUGCGAAGGCCCGAAAGCACGAGGAACUCGCCGGUUAAGUCAGUGGAUUUGGCAGCAUAUUACACGUUUACCAAGAGGAACAGCAAGGUUGUGCACGAUGAAUCGCAAGGACUCUCCGGUUUUCUCGAAUAUCGGAAGCUCAAUGGAACAUGGCGGCCGUUCCUGUUUCAAACCAUCGGUCAUCAACUAGUUCUCUACCGAGUACAUUCUUCUCACCAAGCGCUGGUCAUGUCCACUGACAUUCGUUGCGCCUCGGAGAUUACUCUCGACGAUGGCAGGGCCAAGGACCGAGAGGAUACCAAAUUAUUGCGCCUUGGUAUCAACGGCACGACGAUUACACUUCGCGCUGUGACGCAUAAAGCUGCAAUGUACUGGGUUGAUGUAAGGGCUGCAACGUCUACGAGACGGCAAACCUCUGCAAAUUGUUAGUGAUCCCCCAUGCACAGAAUCUGAAGACGAGAUCUUCGACGAAAUCGACAAAAUACUGUCACUCCGUGAGUGCACGCCCCCUCCACCCCCUCCACCGCUGUGCGGGCUUUGCAUUUCAACUAGCAAACCCGAGCCUUCGACUGCUGGUACGCUCCUAAAAUCCAAGAAAAAUACCCAGGACGAAGGAGUUUCGAGUGGUUGCAAGAUCUGCUGAUUGGAUUCUGGCCAGAACAGUUUUAUUAUUAUUAUAAACAUACGUAACGUAUAUUGCUAUUAAUAACAUUGGUGCAGCUAAAGAGAUGGCCAAAA